AUGGCAUCCCAGUUGACACAGUCUGACUCCAUCGAGUCCGCCCAUCUCGAACUCGAACUAGACGACCAAGCUUCCCGUGUCUAUGUGAUCUACCGGAGACCCUUUCGUCGACACUACGAGGUCAAAUCGGUAGCUGAUCAACUACUUUAUUAUGGGGAACUCUCCUCCUUUAGGCGUAGAAAGCCUGAUCUCACUUUGCACCGAGGAGCAAGCGUUAAUGCUCCCGUGGUAGCAGCUAGCAAAAUCAACAUGUCCGGUCACUUCAACUUGGCUCUGGGAGAUCCGGAUGAUCUGAACAAUGUUCAGUGGGAAGAUAUGACCCGGUUUUCUUGGGCACACCAACAAUAUCGCUUUGAAAUGAACAUGUCGAGUUCAAAUGACUUGACUUACAACACGGAACGACGCAGUUUCAUAUGGAAACGCACACGCUCGGUGGGAAUUGACGACUCAAGCCCAUCGUGGAGCUCUCGGAAUUACAAGCUUAUGGAUGAAAAGGCAGGAGAGCUGGUGGCUGUCUUCACUAACAAAAGAUCCAUUGGCCAAUGUGGGAGAUUGCAGAUUAAGGAAGAAGAUGGGGAGUGGUUUGACACGAUGAUUCUGCUUUCAUAUAUGAGUAUCUAUGAGAAGUUCGAUCGCAGGAAUAGGCAGAGGGCUGCUGCUGCCGGUGGAGGAGGGGCAUGA